AUGCGUCCUUUAUACUAUGCAAACUUUGAAUUCUCUUAUCGUUGGAGUUACUUAAACGAAUAUAAUACUGCAGUUAUACGUCUUUGGAAAGAGAGCCCAUCUUCUGAAAUGGUGAUUCGUGGCGCUAUAAACAAUAAUAUGAGCUUUCAUCCCUUUAACAUUAGUAAAUACUUGUCUACACAUGAAAAUUUUAUUAUUCAAGAAACCAAUAAAUUGAUUUAUAUGCUUCCAUCUGGAUUAUUUGAUCCUUUAUGGUUAAAACAGGAUUCUAAACAAUUGUCAUCUGUAUUAUCUCCAAAUCUUCAUAAACUUACUGAUGUAUUCGAUCCUAAUAUAAUCUUUGACGAAAUUUCUGGUCUUGAUCCUUCAAAAUUUGAUGGAUCACCUUUGGAUAUUCGAAAGAUGGAAAACUUCUUUCGCGGUAUUUUUACUUACCAUUGGCAUAAUCAAUGGGAUGUUAAGAUUAAUCAAACAUCUUGGAUUGGCGUUAUACAAACUGCUUAUGAUAAUUUUUUGAGUG